AUGGCACAUCGUAGCGACCCUGAGACCAAGAAGCAGACAGAGUCGGCGGAGAAUAAGUAUCUCUGCCUGACUAUUUGUGGUUACCGCAAGCCAGGUAUGAGUGAAGAAGAUUACCGUGAUCAUAUGGUCAACAUAUCUGCACCGAUGACCAAGGAACUCAUGGUCAAGUACAAUGUCAAACGAUGGACCCAGAUUCACAACCAAACUGCGACGAGGGCCAUGAUGGUACAGCUUUUUGACCACCAGAUGGUCAAUGUGGCUGACUUUGACUGUUUCAGUCAGGUAUUUUUCAAGAGUGUCGAGGACUACAAGCACAUGAAGCAAGAUCCGUGGUACAAGGAACAUCUGGCGGGGGAUCAUGAGAACUUUGCCGAUACAAAGAAAAGCAUGAUGACAAUCGGGUGGGUCGAAGAGUACAUUCGAGAGGGUGAGGUUGUGAACGGCUUCGAAGAU